AUUCUAGUUUUCAACAAUCAAUUACAAGUGAGUUUGUGUGAGUUCAAUUGUGAACGUUUUUGCUUAAUCUCUCCUUUGAGGAUUCAUGAGAAUUGAGUGGUCUCUUAUCAACUAGAGAACACGUCUAGUUGUGCCGAGCAUCGACUAGAUUGGUUGGCCUUAUCCAUGAGUUCGAGAUUGUUUGAUUUGUUUCAUAUACCAAUUGGCCCUUCUCACGGAUUCGGAUCUGUUUGAUCGAUUUCCGCGACUAUCCUUUAUUUUCAUGUUAUUGAAGAAAGAAGAAAACCUUAAAUGAGUUCGACGUUGCACAAUUCUGAUUUUUGGUCCAAGUUUGGGUGGAUUCUCGAAUGAGGAUCAUAUCACCGCCCACCCGGGGUCACUCCGACCAUCCCGGGGACAAAUACUUAGGUCACCUAGCCCACCCCGGGGUCACUCCGGCCACCCUGGGGUCAAAUACCUUGGGUCACCUAGCCCACCCCGAGGUCACUCCGGUCACCCGGGGUCAAAUACCUUGGGUCACCUUGGGGUCACUCCGGCUACCCGGAGUCAAUCACCUUGCGUCACCUUGGGGUCACUCCGGCUACCCAGAGUCCAUCACCCUGCGUCACCUUGGGGUCACUCCGGCCACCCCGGAGUCAAUUACCUCGGGUCACCUACCCCACCCUGGGUCACUCCAGCCACCUGGUGUCAAUUACCUCGGGUCACCUACCCCACCUCGUGUCACUCUAGCCACCUAGAGUCAAUUACCUCGGGUCACCUCGGGUCACCCCGUGGUCAAAUACCUUGGGUCACCUCGACUACCUUGGGCUCUCCGCCCACCCCAGGUCACCUCGACCUUUAGCCACGUACCCCCGCAACGUGUCCUCCCACCACACCACCAAGCUCCUGAAGGAGACACGUACUCCCUUCAUGUUCGCCUAGGGGCCUCUAUAAAAGGCCACUUCGUUUCCAUAUUGAAGCAAAAAAAUCCCCAUGCCUAGACUCGUGAACUCGCGCUAUGAUUAGCGUAGAAAUUCAUUUUCAACUCCAUUCCCUCAUCUUCCUUUUCGAGGUUAUAUUCCUCUCCACUCAACCCACUCACUAACUUGAGCGUCGGAGAGUGUCCCCGCCGAGAUCGGCCGACAGACCUCUUUUGCAGGAGACGACCGGAGCUGAUAUCACAAGUGAAGUUUAAGGUGAAAGGUGGCCGUCGACCGACUUUGGUGCCCAAAAUAAAAAAAUUUGACGUCA